AUGUCUGUUACUCUGCAUACAGAUUUGGGUGAUCUCAAGAUUGAAGUUUUUUGCGAAGCUGUUCCUAAAACGGCAGAGAAUUUUUUAGCACUUUGUGCGAGUGGAUAUUAUGAUAAUAAUUUGUUUCAUAGAAACAUAAAAGGGUUUAUGGUUCAGACCGGCGACCCAACGGGGACGGGUAAAGGUGGAAAUUCAAUUUGGGGAAGAAAAUUUGCGGAUGAAAUUAAGUCAUCAUUAAAGCAUAACGCCCGAGGAAUUAUUUCCAUGGCCAACAAUGGUCCGGAUACGAACGGAUCUCAGUUUUUUAUUACAUACACCAAAUUGCCUCAUCUCGAUACAAAAUACACGGUAUUUGGAAAAGUCAUUGAUGGCUCCGACACAACAUUGGAUGCUAUCGAAAAAGUUCCCGUCGAUGAAAAAAGUCGUCCUGUUCAAGAGAUACGAAUCAAAUCCAUUACAAUCCAUGCAAAUCCUUUGGCUGAACGCGAUUAA